GGACAAUUCUGUAAACAGUUUUAGAUAAUCAUGUCAGAAUCGACAUCUUUGAUGAGAAUGGGAAAUUGACGCGACGUGUGCGUGAAAUCUAGUUUGCAUUCUUGAACGAAAAUUAAAAUUUUAUUUAACCGCGGUAUUUGACAUGUUUAUGUUUUGAUUUCCUUCGAGUGAAUCUUGUUGCGAGUUUCGAAUAGUCAACAAAAAAUAAAUAAAAACAAUCAUGUUCGGAGAAUCGGAUUCUAUUAAUCAAACUCUUGUAUCAAACAUAGUUAAUGCUAACCGAUUCAGCCACUGCAGGUUAUGUUUGCAGUUUAUUGAAAAGCAUUUUGUACGGUUUCAUGAUUUAGUAACGAUUGAUCAAAUUGAUUUUAUUCCCUUGUCCAAUGUUUUAACAGUGCUUUUUGGGAAUAAUUUGUCACUUGAAGAAAUCCCAGGCAUUGAAGCCGUUUGCACAGAAUGUGUUAAUAAAACUCUAGAAGCCAUGAGAUUUUUAGAACUGUGUAAAAAUGCAAAUAAAAAGCUUUAUGACAUCUUUGACAAAUUGGCAGAGACAUUGAAUGGAGAAAUUGAUUUAUCUUGUCAAAAUCAAUCUCUUUACAUAGCUCUUGAAGAUAAUACAACUAAAAUUCUUUUAGUAAAGAAUAAAAAAAAUAUGGAGUCAAAGUCGAAGAAAGGACAACAUUCAUUUGAAUGUUUUCUGUGUGAUGAUAGCUUCAUUGAUCUUGAUGAAUUAAAAACGCACAACCUUUCCCUUCAUGGAUUUUUGACUUGUGAACUGUGCCACGAAACAUAUGUUAAUAAUGCGGAACUUUUAUACCAUGUAAAUAAUGCUCAUAAAUACAAAUGUGAUAAGUGCCAAAUAAGGAAGGACACACAAGACCAACUUGACAAUCAUAUAGACUCAGCUCACACAUUACAUGAAUGUAAAAAAUGUGGUAUAUCAUGUACAGGACGCGACAACCUGCGCUCCCAUGAAGACAAACACAGUAAUAACAGCUAUAAGAAAAAUCAGUGCCCAAAAUGUGGAAAAGUGUAUUCUACAAAAGGAUUCUUUCUAAAGCAUGUCAAGCUUUGCUUUGAAGAUCUCAUUGAUCCACAUCCUAUAAGAAGUGAAAUUGUGAAAACUUUCUUUUGCAAUAUUUGCGGAAAAGGAUAUAGCUCAUAUGGUAGUUUGAGGGUACACAAUAGGUUUACACAUGGCAAUGCUAAACCACAUGUUUGCAAACAAUGUGGAAAGAAAUUUACUGCCCCUAGUUAUCUAAAAGUUCAUAUGAUUAAGCAUACAGGAGAAAAGAAUUUUAAAUGUAAUAUUUGUGGGAAUAGGUUUGUUUCAAAAGAGGCGUUGCUGUAUCAUACAAGAAGACACACAGGAGAGAAACCUUACACCUGCAAACACUGUGAUGAAAGGUUUGUGAAUGCUUCAGCAAGAACUGAACAUAUCAAAUUCAAACAUAUCGGCCCCACAUUGAUGUGCGAGAUAUGUUCUCAGAAGUUUGUCACAACACAUUUUCUGAAGCAACAUAUGAAUAAACAUUACGACCCAACAAGCAAGUUAUAUGUGUCAAGAGUAAUACCUCCAAAUUAGCUAGACAAUGAAAAUUCAGAAUAAAAUCACAAAUGAUUCAGUUAGUUUUAACUACAAACAAUUUUGCCAAGAUGGCAUUAAUCUAUUUAUAAUCAAGUUUAUUAUUGUACCUAUCUAAAUAUACAAGUUGGGUCAGAGGUAUUUUCUGUAUACAUGCAGGACAUUCCGAGUCCUUACCGCCAAAUUAUCGUAAGCGACACUUUUGUCGAAAUGCGUUUUUUGUGGAAACUAAUAUUUUAAACCGUAACGGACCCAUCUCUGUUGAUAUUUUCCUCUAUUCUUCCCUCUAUUAUAUUAUAACGGUGU